AUGGCGUUAAAGUAUCCUAAAUUUCAUAGUUAUGUUAAUCAUAGCUACAUUGUUAUUGCCUUCAUACUUUGUACGGCUUUUCCUAUAAUUUACAUAAUUAAGCAUAAACGUUCAGUACUAUUUUAUAUGAUAAUUACUUUAGUAGUACUUAUACUGUCUUAUGCAAUAUAUUGGGCAUUUGUCCGAUUAAAAUUUCAUAGUAAACCACAAAGAACAAGACAAAGCAUUCAAUCAACGCAACAAAAUGAUUUAACAUCAAUACGGUCAACUGAAACAUCGAAUGAGCCGAUUCAAUCAACAUCCACUAACUAUCAACUUGCAAAUUUGACAGAGAGAUCAGAUAUAUUUAUUUCAUCUCCUCCACCAACAUAUCGUAACGAUUUACCACCACCAUAUUCAGCCGAAG